AUGGCCGACUACGAGGCCCAGGCUCCGGCCGUUUCGGGCGCCCCCGCCCAGAAGACAUCUGGCGGCAACGCCGCCUACCACAACUUCCACAACGACUUUAUCCACGUCCAGGACCCCAACGAGCGCCGCCGUCUCGCCCUGGCCGAGAUCGACAAGGCCCCCUUCGGCUGGUACCAUGUGCGCGCCAUCGUUGUUGCCGGUGUCGGUUUCUUCACGGAUUCGUACGACAUUUUCGCCGUCUCGCUGCUCACCAUCAUGCUGGGUAUCGUCUACUUCCCGGGCGUCGGCGUCAUGCCCAACAAGUCGGAUACCGCCAUCAAGCUGGCCACCUCGGCCGGUACUGUCGUUGGUCAGCUGGGUUUCGGUACUGCUGCUGAUUUGCUCGGUCGUAAGCGCAUGUACGGUCUGGAGCUGAUUGUCAUCAUCUUCGCCACGCUCGCCCAGGCCCUUUCGUCCGGCUCGCCCUCUGUCGACAUCAUCGGCGUGAUUAUCUUCUGGCGUGUGCUGAUGGGCAUCGGUAUCGGUGGUGACUACCCCCUGUCGUCCAUCAUUACUUCAGAGUUCGCUACUACCAAGUGGAGAGGUGCCAUGAUGGGCGCUGUCUUCGCCAUGCAGGGCCUGGGCCAGCUCACGGCUGCCUUCGUCAUGCUGUUUGUCACUCUCGGCUUCAAGGAGUCGCUCAGCACCUCCACCAAGGUCGCCAACUGCACGGGCGUCUGCGCCCUGGCCGUCGACAAGAUGUGGCGCACCCUGAUCGGCUUCGGCGCCGUCCCCGGCUGCAUUGCCCUCUACUACCGGCUGACCAUCCCCGAGACGCCCCGCUACACUUUUGACGUUGCCCGCGACGUCGAGAAGGCCGACGAGGACGUCAAGACGUACAUCAGCGGCCGCCACGGCGAGGGUGUCGUCGACGAGGUCGCCCGCGCCGCCGCCCACAAGGUUACCGCCGAGAAGCUGGACGUCGGCAAGGCCAGCUGGCGUGACUUCUUCAGCCACUACUCGCAGCUGAAGAACGCCAAGGUCCUUGCCGGCACUGCUCUGUCGUGGUGCUUCCUCGACAUUGCCUACUACGGCCUGUCCCUGAACAACGCCACCAUCCUGGGCACCAUUGGCUACUCCACCUCGGGCACCCACUCCACCUAUGAGUACCUCUACAACACCGCCAUUGGCAACCUGAUUAUUGUCCUGGCUGGCGCCGUGCCUGGCUACUGGUUCGCCGUUGCUACCAUUGACACGGUCGGCCGCAAGCCCCUGCAGCUCGGUGGCUUCGCCAUCCUGACCGUCCUGUUCAUUGGCAUGGGCUUCGGCUACAAGCACCUGUCCUCGGGCGGCCUGCUGGCCAUCUACGUCCUGGCCCAGUUCUUCUUCAACUUCGGCCCCAACACCACCACGUUCAUCGUGCCCGGCGAGUGCUUCCCCACUCGCUACCGUUCUACGUCGCACGGUAUCUCGGCCGCUUCUGGCAAGAUCGGCUCCAUCAUCGGCCAGGGUGCCAUUGCUCCCCUGCGCACCCGUGGCGCCACGUCCACCAACACGGCCCCUUGGCUCGACCACGUCCUGGAGAUCUACGCCCUCUUUAUGCUUCUGGGCUGCUUCUCUACUCUGCUGAUUCCGGAGACCAAGCGCAAGACGCUCGAGGAGCUGUCGGGCGAGGACCAGGACUACAUCCCGGGCCCCAGCCCUGCCCUUGAGGGCGGCAACGGCGUCUUCGUCGAGAACAAGCAGUAA